AUGUGGGGCCGUAUACUGCUCACCAUUGACAGCGUUGGUCUAAUCGCUGGCUCGCUCAAGGCCGAUUAUUUCAGCGAAACGCACAUGUUCAAUCCCAACUGGGCACCUCACGCCAAAUUUCACAAUGCGCAGACCGUCGGCUUGGCUGUCACCCUGGGCCUGGCGACACUGUUCUACACCUGGCGGAAAGCACAGUCGCCACAGCUGCACCGGGAGUACAUGAGAAUAGCUGCACUACUGGGCUCUAUAUAUUGGAUCACGGGGUUGCUCAGCAUCUUGCCCGAGGGCACAAUGGGUGUUGACCCCGAGUUUGGCGGCCCGGCGUUCCCGCAGAAGUAUGUCUUUACGCCGUUCCUCUUGUUUGGACUUGUUGGCGCUUGGCUGGAGUAUUGA